ACCACCACCACCACCACCACCGCCUCACUUCUCCUCCUCACCCAUUUCAUCAUCAACAAUUCUCUGCCUCCAAAGAGAGAGAAAGAAGAACAAUGGCAUCUACAGCAGCAGCAGGACUAUGUAGCCCGAUCCAGCUCUCCACCAGGUUCACCCGGCCGAACCCAUCGGCCGCGUCCCUCAAGUCACUCAAUUCCAACCAGGCCCUGUUCGGGCUGAAAUCCAGAGGAGCUGGAGCGGGGAGGAGGAUGGCGGCGAUGGCAUACAAGGUGACCCUCAAGACCCCGGAGGGAGAAAUCAGCUUCGACUGCCCCAGCGACGAGUACAUCCUCGACGUGGCCGAGGAGGCCGGCCACGACCUGCCCUACUCCUGCAGGGCCGGCUCCUGCUCCUCCUGCGCCGGGAAGGUCGUCAGCGGGGCGGUGGACCAGUCCGACCAGAGCUUCCUCGACGACGAACAGAUCGAUGAGGGGUGGGUUCUCACCUGCGUGGCUUACGCGACCUCCGACGUCGUCAUCGAGACCCACAAGGAGGAAGAGCUCGUCGCCUGAUUAAAUUGUUUGAUGAAAAUCUCAUUUUGUAUGUCUGCUCUUCCAGAAUACAUGUCAUUGCCCAAUUGUGGUUGUGGUUACCAACAGUGAGAGAUAUCUGGUCUAAUCUUGAGCCUUUGCUGUCUCUGUGUUGCUUGUCUGAUCUUACUGCUACUGCUUUUUUCAGUUAAAUUUUGAUGUCUCUGUUUCUUUAUCUAGUUUCAAUAAUCAUAACAACAACAC